AUGGAAAGCGCGGAAGUGGCCGAGGAAGAAAGUGAAACUUCAGAAGCGGAACCAGGGGUUGAACAGGAAAUUUGCGAAAAAAUGCUGCCAAAUUCCGAAGGACACGACGAAGAAGUGGAGUGGACAGCGGAAGAUGAUGAAACAUGGGAUGCCGAAAACGAUCGGGACUACUACGCCGUGCUGGAGCUGGGAAAAGCACCCAGCGUCUCCAGUAGCCGUGUGCGUGCAGCGUACCACAAACUGGUGCAGCGGUGGCACCCCUACAAUGGCACUUGGCAUUUGGAAGGUGACACAGCUGACGACCCCAUGACCCAUGGUGGCCGCCGCGCGGCGUUGCGGCGUUUUUGGGCGAUUUCGGAGGCGUAUUUGGUCCUGGCAGAUCCGGAGAGGCGUCGGAUCUACGACGAAUGUGGUUUCAAGGGGUUGAAGCAAAGCGAGUCAUGCUAUGCGGAGUCUGUCUUUGAUAAGGAUGCUUUCCAGCUUUACGAAGAUUUCUUCAAUGGUUCAGACCCAGAGGCCCGAGAUUUCCUGCUGAUGAACGGCGGCGAGUCCAGCGACAGCGAUGGCUCUGAGGAGAUGGGCGCGCUGGGAGCGGAGCCGCCAGCAGCAGCCAAAAGCGUUGAACGCGUUGAACCCGCACUGCCUCCCGACAUUGCGAAGGCCGUGGGAGUGGAGAAGACGGCGCCGGGUUUGGACGAGCAGUUUCGCGCACUGCUGAACUCCGCCCUGUUGGCCGCUCCUCAACCUGCCCGCUCAGGCGGUGCGGAGGUGGCGCAGGAACCGGCCAGCAUCCAGCUUCACGUCUCCUUGCCAAGUGGUCGAUCUGCAGCAGUCUCCCUUCCUCCAAGUGCAACCAUUGGCGACCUCAAAGUGGCCGCUCAGCAGGUCUUGGACCAGCCUUUCCUGAUCAAGCCGAUGCUUUCCUGCUGUGCCUUAGAGCAAUCUGGCUCCCCGCAGCCACCGGUUCAAGCCGCCGCUGAAAAAGCCGCCGGAAAAGAGGAUCAACAGGCGCAGCUGGGAGCCUUGGGCGCCAUGCCGGCCAUGCCUCGUCGGCAAAUCCGUCAGCCUCUGGCGUUGGCGGCAGGCAGCUGCAUCGCCGCAGUGACCUUCACAGUGCCUUCUGCCGGGCCGCUGUCGGCAAGGCUGGUUGAAGCACCUCCCUCGGCGCCUUUGGGGCCAGAACCAAGGAUGACUUCGGCGCCCAGUGGCUGUGUCGCCAGCGUUGCGGCUCUGGCGGGCCUAGCGGGCCUGGUGUCGACGCGAAAGAGCAAGACGUCCCGCCACUUCUUCGGGGAGCCAGAGACGACCACCACCACGGAGACGGUGGAGGUGCACCAAAAGGGCACGCAGCAUCCCCCGGGCACCCGCAUCCCGGAGGGGACGCCCGAGCCGCAUCCCAUGACCAUCCGCAAGAGGCCCCGCCGCAAUCGCCGCUCCGCAGCGCAGCGCGACAUGUUCGCUGAGACCAGGCUCACCGCGUCCAACUUCAUCCUGCCCAUUUUUGUGCAUGAGGGUACGGAGGAUAUCCCAAUCAGUUCUAUGCCUGGCGUUUGCCGGAGGGGCGUGGACACAGGACUCCUGAAAGAGGUUGAAGAGGCGGUCCAGCUGGGUGUGAAGUCCGUGGUGCUCUUCCCCAAAACUCCCGAUGAGUUGAAGACGCAGACCGCGGAGGAGUGCUUCAACCCCGAGGGCUUAGCUCAGAGGGCCAUCCGAAACGUGAAGCAGGCGGCCGUGGGAUUAGCGGCCAGUUUGGAGGUCGCCUUCCAGGCGGACGACGCCAGCCUCAACGCGCGCUGCGACAACGGCGGGACGGCGCUGCACUACGCGGCGGCCGCGGGCUAUGCGGAGCUCUGCCAAGAGCUCCUGGAGAAUCCUAACUUUUUUGGGGUCAACGAUCAGGAUAGCCAGGGCUGCACGGCUCUGCACUACGCCUGCAUCAAGGGGCACCUGGCGGUCUGCCACAUCUUGCUGCAGCACCUCCGCUUCACGGCGCAGAACGCGCAGGACUGGAACGGCUGGACGGCGCUGCAUGCGGCGGCCGCGCACGGCCGGAAGGAGAGGGGUCGGGACCGCUGGGGACCGGAUUUGUGCGCAGCUGUUCUGCAUAGCCCUCGCUUCAAGUCGGCGGCGGCGCGGGACAAGGAUGGCAUGACGGCGUUGCACUUCGCCACGAGCCGAGGGCAUCGCGACAUCUGUCAGGAGCUUCUGCAGCACGAGGCUUACCUGGGUCGGAGCCAUGUGGACCACUUCGGCCGCACGGUGCACGGCAUGGUGCGCCAGGAUGGUGCGGUGGCGGUGCCGAAACAGGCGCCGCCGAAGCCCAAAGCCGUCGCGCCCAAGAAGGACGUCGAUGCGGCGCGCCAAGCGAAGCAAGCGAAGGCGGCAUCGUUGGAGGCGCUGAUGCAAUGGACCAGCAAGUUGCAGCACAUCUUGCCUCCGGAGGUGUCCAAGCGAGAUGAGAAGGUUGAGCCCCAAAACGCUGACAGCAAAGAGAUAGAAGGCGUCCCCAGUCAGCGUGUGGAGGCGGAAGAGGUGGAUGAGUCCGACGGAGGGAGCCCGGGGAGCCCGGAGGCUUCGGACGCGGAGGCGGAGGAUGCUUCGGUGCUUGAAGCAUCAGAUCGCAAGCGCAAAGUUCGACCCGGCCGCCGUGGUGUUGACGCCUAUGGACAGCUGGUCCCCGGCAUUCUGGGCGCGGAAGAUGGUGAUGUUGAGGACUUUGAAGAUGAAGUCGCAGGAAUGGGCGGAACUGAGAUAUCUGAGAUGGAAGAUGCUUCAGCGCCUGAAGCAUCAGAUCGCAAGCGCAAAGUUCGACCCGGCCGCCGUGGUGUUGACGCCUAUGGACAGCUGAUCCCCGGCAUUCUGGGCGCGGAAGAUGGUGAUGUUGAGGACUUUGAAGAUGAAGUCGCAGGAAUGGGCGGAACUGAGAUGGAAGGCACCACUCUUCCAGCACAGCGUUUGGGACCUGAUACCACGGAUGGCAAGCGCAAACUUCGACCUGGCCGGCGUGGUGUGGAUGCCUAUGGGCAACCUGUUCACGUGGUCGAUGCUGGCCCGGAAGAACAAGGAGAGGCAGAGCAGUUUGAAGACGGACAAGUUGGAGAAAUGAGUGGAGCUGAGACAGACGGUACUUCUCUUCCAGCUGAAGAGGGUGGUUUGGUGCCUACCACAGAUGGCAAGCGCAAAGUUCGACCUGACCGUCGUGGUGUCGACGCCUAUGGCCAGCCUGUUCAAGCGGUCCCGAGUCCUGCGGGCGGCAGUCCACAUGAGGAAGCGCAAGGUGCGGAGACGUUCGAGAAUGCAGCGCAAGUUAGAGGAGAGGGUGGCCCUAAGACAGAAGCUAGCACUCCAGUUGAAGAGGCUGAUGAAAAGCGCAAGAUUCGGCCCGAGGAUCCCGCUGUUGUUGCCUAUGGGCCUGGUGCAGUUGAGACUGGAAGAGAUGUUGGAGAAGAGGACGGUCAGACGGAUGCCGCUGCUCCAGUUGCUACACCAGUGGAUGAUGUGCAGACGCCAGUGGAUAGGGCAGAUGAAGAAGUUCAGGAGACCAAGGCACCGGUCACGGUGCAAUGGAUCUGGGCCCUGGCACGGAUCCAGGUGGGCCUGUCCCGGUGGCGCAAGCACGUGCGGCCGGCCUUGCAUGCCAAGCACAAACGCGCCAAGCGAGACAAGCUGGGGAAGAAGCGUGGCAUGGAGCCAAAGACCUUGCGCAACCGCGCCAUGGAGCGGACUCCGAAGUCGCCCUCUUCGACCAGGGAGGAAGAGACUCCAAAGGACCCGGACGACGCUGGUGAGAAAGCUGAAGAGGUCCCAGUCCCAGAUGCGUCCGAAGAAACGCAGGAAAUGGGCGAGAAAGCCGUGGAAGAGCUCCCUGCACCCGAAACACCUGCAGAGCAAGAAGUGGUGGAGCAGACUGAAGAGUCCAAAGAGCUUCCGUCUCCUGCAGAGCAAGAGCUGACGGUGGAACAGAUUGAAGAAGAUGAAACCAACGAAGCUGAAGCUCCUCGUCCAGCAGCACCCGAAGCACCCGAAGCACCCGAAGGGCCGGAGGUUGCAGAAGAUGUGGCAUCCAUCGCAUCCGGUGCCUCCGGCGAGGAGCUGGGCGAGCAGCCCGAUGCUGACGCCGCAAACCCAGCGGCGAAGCGGAAGAAAAAGAAGAAGAGCCCGUCCAAGGAGGCGCCAGCCGUGAAGAAGAAAGGCAAGCCGAAAGCUGGCACGACCAUCCAGGCUGCUUGGAAUGAGGUGGUCUACACGGACGUGGCCUUGGAUCCCUACAACUCUCUAGGACACGAUGGCAUCGUGCGUUCGGACGGUGUCAUCUUGAACGAUGAGACGAUCAACUACCUCUGCAAGCAGGCCGUGUCCCAGGCAGAGGCUGGCGCAGACUACGUGAGUCCUAGUGACAUGAUGGAUGGACGUGUAGGCGCCAUCCGAGACGCCUUGGAUGAAGCUGGCUUUACCAAUGUGGGCAUCAUGGCAUACAGUGCGAAGUACGCCUCGGCCUUCUAUGGGCCCUUCAGAGAAGCUUUGGAUUCCAAUCCUGUCAUUGCCGACGAUUGGAAGGUGCCCAAGGGCAAGGAGACUUACCAGCAGGACCCAGCCAACUACAAGGAGGCGCUCCUGGAGGCGCAGUUGGAUGAGGAGGAAGGCGCUGAUAUCCUCAUGGUGAAGCCCGCGAUGCCCUAUCUGGACAUCAUCAAGGGCUUGAAGGACCAGAGCAAUCUGCCCAUCGCGGCCUACCAUGUGUCCGGAGAGUACGCCAUGCUAAAAGCUGCUGCCCAGAAUGGCUGGUUAGAUGAGAAGGCAGUCGUCUUGGAGGCCUUGAUGUCCAUCAGAAGAUCUGGUGCCACUGUGAUUUUGACCUACUACGCCAAAGAGGAAUCGUCCAAAAUCCUCCAGUCUUCGGGUCCCGCAGCGUUUUGCCCUGGGCUCAACGGGGACAGCGUCGGACAUCCGGAGGGGCCAUGGGAUGUGCGACGGCCACGGGACCCACGGGACGCCAUGGACAUCGUCAAUUACUACGCAGACCUUGGGCUCGAAGAUGACCACGCGGAUGAGGCGACCAUCAAAAAGGCCUACCGGAAGCUGGUGCUCAAAUGGCACCCCGACAAGCACCCGGAGAACCGUGACGAAGCGGAGACACGAAUCCGAAAGAUCAACAAUGCUUACGAGGUGUUGAGCAAUCCCACGAAGCGUCAGACCUAUGACGACCAGCGGAGGGCCGUCAAGCGAAAGAAGCAGGGCUUUGGGCCGCCGCCGCCGAGCGGUGCGCCACGGAUGCGGAUCCCCAAGGAAUUCAUGAUGAUGCCCAUCGGUUUCCCGGACAAGUUCGUGCGCUACAGCGGCCGGCGGCUCUUCGUGCACAGCCGCAAGGAUGAUCCCGACGUGGAGUUCAAGGCCUUCUUUGAAGACACGAAGUGGUCCCUCUGGUGGCUGCCGGAGGUGAACAACAUGUGUCGUGUGCGCGCGUUAGGGUCCAGAGCAGCUGGGGAGAAGAUGGGGGUGGCAGCAGGGCUCUGCGGCGGCUUGAACUUGUCCUUCUUCAUCGACCCGGCCAGCCCGACGGACUCCGAGGUAGGCCUGGAGGAUGCACGGAAAGGUGAGAAGGUGGACAAGGUGAACUUCAUCGCGGUGACCAGUCCCGCCUAUGAAGGGGCCUUCCGCUUCGAAGCAGCCUAUCGCAAAGGUUUCUACCUGAUUUUCUUCCCUCCGAACCAUCUGCGGGUCGCGCCCUAUGGUGAGGACGACGACCGUGGCAUCGCCGAUUUCACCCUGGUGGACUUCGGUGUGAUGUUCAAAUUCAUCGAGAUGGAAGAGGUGUUGCAGCCCGCGGUGGCUGCCUAUCAGGGCUGGGUGAAGUUGGAGCAGCUGCGGAAAGAUCCCAAUAUCGUGCUCUACUUCAGCAACAUCUUGCAGAAACCUGUUUGGGAUAGCGAGGACUUUAUCAUCUACUUCGAGGGCCACUGGGAGACCUGGGAAUUCAACAAGGACACCCAGUCCGUGCGGCUACGAACGAAGCAGGAGAAGUUGGCCCAGCUCUUAGGUGGCGUCAAGGACAUCGAUGGCGUCUCCGCCGUGGUGGCCGGCGCCAAGGACGAGUUGACCAAGCUGCCGCUGCCGGCGGCGGCGCGGGCGCUGGUGGUGCUGGCGGCCUCCACACACGACGGAGAUGGGUUGGAUGUCACCAAGACCAUAAAUCGCAUUGCAGCUCAAAAGAAACUGCUGGCGAACUUGCGCAGCAUCUUAGCCACUGCCACCAAUGGUGGUGACAUGGUGCUGCCGCUGCACGACUUGUUGGACAUGGCGGACCUGGCGGCGGCGGUGGGCGGAGCUGGAGCGGGCAGCGAUUUGGUCCAUACCCGGCAGGCCGCCCAGCAAGCCGUGGCCGAUAUCGUCUUUCGCCAGCUGGAGGAUGACAAGUCCAAGGUGGACGUGCCACUUCUGAGUCGCGUCCUUCGCCUCCCUGGGGUGGACGAAGUGGACUCCAAACUGGCGUCCAUGUGUCAGCCCUUGGUGGCCGAUGUGGGCUUGGAGCAGGCCUUGGACUUCGUGAAGAGCGCGGGAAGCUCCAGCUGCACUGAGGUGGCCAAUACCUUUGCCACCUCGGCCCUGCUGAUGAUGGAUACCAAACAACCGGAGCCUUCCACGGAGGAGCAGCUGCAAGUCCUCCGCAUCAUGGGUUCCGCCGGUGCGGCGCUGGAAGACAUCUCUGGGCGACUGGCGGCCUUGGCGCAAGGCGCUAAGGCUCAAGACCUGGCUGAUGUGGUGCUGGCGGUGGGCGAGCGGAGCUUCAGUUCCGACGCCUUGGCCCAAGCCACACAGAUACUGGCGGUGAAGUUGGGUGGUUUGCAGCUGCCCGCCGCGCGCCUCUUGGAGCUGGCGGUGGCUUCCACGAAGAGCUCCAGCCUGGCGCCGGUGGUGGGCGCCGUGGCUCGCGCGGUCACGGCGGACGCGGCGGCGUGGCCGGUCAGCGACCUGGUGCGGCUGCUCCUGGCGGUGGCCAAGGCGAAGAAGGCCUUGAACGUGGAGGACAAAGUGCAGCUGCUAAGACAUGCGGCCAUCGCCCUAAAGCCCCAACUGGGCUCCUUGCCAUCGGCAGAUGUCAUCAAGCUGGUGCUGGCGGUGGCUGGCGACGGCCAGUCAGACCUGCUGGAGGCGGCCGCGGAAGAGGCGAUCGACCGGCGGAUUUCUGGCUUCCCGCCGGCGCAGCUUCUGGUCCUGUCACAGGGUCUUGUGGGUGGCCUUGGUGGCAAGCACUCCCUGGUCGAACGGCUAGCGGAGUUUUGGACCGAAACCCUGAAGGAGUGGACCAAGGGAUCUGGAGGUGGCUGGGAUAGCGACGAUGAAGUCACCAAACAGCGGAAGGAGAUGGAGAAAAAGUCCCGACUUUCCGCGGACCAAGUGGUGCAACUUUGCAAAGUCAUGGCGCCCUGCGGCAAGGAGCGCCUCUUAGAGGCGCUGGGCGCCAAUCUCAUCGCGCGCGUCAAGGAGCUCACUGAGAACGGCCGCAAGGCCGUUGAGGUCCAGUUGGCCGAGAACGGGGCCUUGGCGCAGUACGGGCGCAAGGAUCGGCUGAAACGAGCCGUGGCUGCUGCAGCGAGUGGCAGCCAUAGCCGGAGUCGAAGUCGGAGGCGCAGCCGGAGUGCCAGCAGGGAUCGAGGGCGGCGGAGACGAAGUCGGAGCCGGGAUCGCCGCGAUCGCCGCUGAGGUGAAAAUCGUGCACCUGAGACCGCUGACGCUGUGUCAUCAACUGCUGAUGGCUUAGAUUUGGCUAGAUUUACCCUCUGGUAAACUAACA